GAGGAGGAGGGAGGGAGGGAAGGAGGAGAGAGUCCCAACCCCAGAGCUUCAAAACAGUCCGGCGGCCUCGCCUCCAGUUCCAGCCCGUCCCGGCCCAUCCCGCUGCCAGCCCCGCCGACCCCUCACUGGAGGCCUUUCUCCUUUUCUUUGCUUUCUCAAGGAAAGCAGAGAGAAUCUCUUUGCCUUUGGGGUAUCCACUUCUGAUGUUUCUCCCAGCCCUCCUACUCUACCUUCAACACCAGUUUUGACUUGAUUUUGAAGGGGAUCCCCUUCCCCACCCUCACUGUGAGAAUGUUGGUGCUUCUGGCUUUCAUCAUUGUGUUUCACAUCACCUCGGCAGCAUUGCUGUUCAUCGCCACCAUUGACAAUGCCUGGUGGGUAGGAGAAGAAUUCUUCACAGACAUCUGGAGAGUGUGUCACAACAACACUAAUUGUACAGAAAUCGAUGACUCCUUUACUGGUUAUGCAACAGUCCAAGCUGUUCAAGCCACCAUGAUCCUCUCCACCAUCCUUUGCUGCAUAGCCCUCUUUGUCUUUGUGCUCCAACUCUUCCGCCUGAAGCAAGGAGAGAGAUUUGUUCUAACUUCAAUUAUCCAGCUGCUGUCAUGUCUGUGUGUCAUGAUUGCUGCAUCCGUUUACACAAACCAGCGUGAGGAAAUUCAUAAUAAUAACAUGUUUUACCAAGGAACUUCCAACGGGAAUUAUGGCUAUUCCUUUAUCUUGGCCUGGAUCGCUUUUGCCUUUACUCUGAUCAGCGGCAUAAUGUACCUAAUACUGAGAAAGCGCAAAUAAACCCCCCGGAGCUAACUUUCCAUCACUAUAGUAGAGAACCCAAAUUCCAAUAACCAAUUUGUAUAUAAUCUUUUUUUUUUUUUGGUUUUGUAGCAAAAGUAUUGUUUCUUUGAAAAGUGGAAGAAAAAAAAAGGUUCUGCAUCCUUGAUAUAUGAUAGAAAGACUCUGAAAAGGAACAGGCAGUAUUCUGGAACACUUGGCCACCCAAGAGGUUGAACAAGACAAGCUAACAAUCUGAUUUCCUCAGCAUAAUGUUUCUUAACCUGAGGGUGCCUGUGAUUGGAUGCAACCAGAUACUAACAAGCCCCUCCCCUUCCUCAUCCCGCAGGGCUCAUGUGACAGCACAUCUGACCAGUCAACACCCUCUCCCGAGGUUCUUAUUCCUCCAUGGCUUGGUAUGGGCCAUAGAGGAAGAAGGUGGAAUCCGAGGGGUAGGGGAAAAGCAACAGUGAGAAAACAAAACCAAAGACUGUAGGUCAGCUGACACCAUUAGCCCCGCUAGUCCCAGGAGAAGUUUGCAAAGGCCAGAGUUGGUUGGAUUGUCUGGUGUGUGUGUCCGCGUGUGCUAACCACAAGAUGCUAGUCAGUCCUGUGGUGGCUUGUGAAUGUGUACAGUUAAAUGCGGUGGCUCUUGCUGGGAAAACCACUUGCCUUGACAAAAAAAUCAGCCUUGAUUUCUGCAGUGAUCAUUCUCCCUUUCCCCUGCUCUUUGUGCAGAGCAGCUUCGGGAAGUUACCAACAAUGGCGUCGUCACCUUAGCGAGAGGGACUGGGGGUGCAGAACAGACCUCAGGUGAGAACUAGGGGACCCCAUUGGCCAAAGCUUGGCCGCCUCUCAGCCUUGGUAGUGCUAGCUCCAAAUGACGUCUCAGUAUCUCAGUAGGAGUUUGCUAACCUUCUUGAUCUAUUCAGUUUGGGGCUCAAAGCGUUGCCUUUGGAAUCUUUCAGGGUUUGUUUCUCUCUCCUAUCCCCGGCCCCCCAAAGCAAACAGGCCAGGUUACUGUGGUUGAAUGGGCCUCUUAAAAGGCGAUGGGUAGAUGAAGUGCAGGAGGUAACGCUCUCUCUGCCCGUCCUCUGUGACAAAGCAAGCGCCUCCCCUCAGACACAGCGGAAAGGAAUUCCAAAGCCUUCCCCAAAGGUCAGCCAUGUUCCGUGAGCCCAAACCUCCACAGAGCCUAGAGUUGGAAGCUUCUCUCCCUUCCCCAUCUAGCCCCACUCCUAGGUGGCUGAUUGAGAAAGUAGCUAAAAGGACAAGAUUCGAAUAUCCCUUUGGAUCCCCGCCUGGCUCGCCCUACCGCAAACAUCUCCAAUAACGGCGGGUUGCCCAAGUCCAGUAGCUGGAUGGACAUCCUUCCCUAAAUAACACACGACCAGCUGUCCUUCCGUCUCCUCAGUGGAUAAAUCUAGAGAGUGUGUGUAUCUUUAAAUUCUAUUGCACUUAUGUAGAUGAGCCUAAAUAUAGUUGCCUUUGACUCACUCCAGUGGCAUUCAGUAAGCCUCGUACUGUAUGGGUUACACACAUAUAAUACUUUGCAUAAUCUUCCAUUGAAGAUUUAACAGAUGAGUAGGUUAGUGGGGAGGGGGAGGUUUUGUUUUGGGUUUUUUUUAAAUAUUUAUAUAGAUAAAUAAUGUUAGGUUUGUGGUGUGACUUAAAGACACCAGGAAAUCCCCAAUGAGCCCAGGCCUCCACCAGUGUGGCAAUUUCCCUUUUUUUUAAAAGAAGGUAUGUCGGGGUGUCCCCAUGUACACCUAUGUGUAUAUGGAUGUAUGUGUGUAUUUGUGUGAGUGCAUUUCUCUCUCACCCGGGCCUUGAGAGGAAGUGUUGUUCUAACCUCACCCCUUUCUGUCAUUGGUCUGUCUUGUCACACCAUGGGUGUUAUUUAAAUGUAGCUUUUUGUAUUUUCCAUUUUGCUCAAUGUAAUGGCGAUCUCUACACUGUCAGAUCAACCCAGGAGGUGGGAAGAGAGUAGCUUGUCUGAACAGGUUGGUCCACCUCAGAUUGGAGCACCAGUGGGGCUCUGUCUCACCUACAAGUGAAGACCACAUGGGAAUCCUUGGGUAGCCAACAGUCAUGGCAGCCUUACCACCUGCCUACUAGCCUAAUAGCGGGAGAAUCACAGCUUCCCUGGUUGGAAGAAUGUUAUUUGUGGAUGGAUCUCUUAUCGAAUUAUUGGAAGGAUUCAUGCAGGAAAAUCAGGCUACAGGGCCCAUGAAGCUUUCUAUGUUAGGGUUACAGUCAGGGGGGUGGAAUAGCCUUUUUAGUGGCCUAUUAAAUACAAUCUGGAAAUGAUUGGGUGUAUCCAGCAGUGUCUCAGGACUGCAUAGAUGCCUCUAUCUAUCUAGGCUGGCAAGUUCCUGGAAAGAGUAAACAAACUUUUUUUCCCCAAAGUGCAAUGAAUGACAUUUGUGAGGGUUAGAGAAAAGCCAGCAUAUGAAAGGUGAAGAAAUUAAUUCGUUUCUGAUGUAAAGAUAAAAAGAAAGAAAAAAAUGAGAAAAUAAAAUGUCCCACCAGGCAAGAUCGGUGGUUAUUUCUUGAUACUAGUUACCAAAGUAUUUUAUCAACUCGAAGAGAAAAUCGGUGCCAACCCUGAAGGGUCUGCGGUCAGGGUUUGUCAGCUGUCCCAGCGUGAGAACUUUCUCACCAAUGCAGGUCACCAUCUGCCUAGGACUUACUAGAAAACCAGUAAGGAGCUGGUUAAGUGGCUUUCCCAGCAACAUAGUGUUACAGGCAGAAUUUGAUUUCAGGCCCACUGUUCUAACCACAAUGCCAGGCUGUCUUUAUGAAGUGAAUAUUAGGACCAAAUUUUUUUAACUUCUAUUAUAAAAAUCAAGUUUGUGCGUUGUGUAAUCUUUUUAUGCAAUUCUGUUUUCUAGAGGUGACCUGGUAGAGACCGACAGCUGAUUUUGUUCACUUGCAUUAAAAACCACUGCAGGUCUUUUUCCUCCCCUCCUUUUAAAUUAGCUCAAUAAAUUUCUAAAUGAUUGCCCAGAGUAGAUAGAUGGACACAGGUAUUCCAUGGUGUGUUAUAACAAAAAUCAAUCUUGGAGACUUUAUACCAAAUUUGUAAGUAUUUAUUACUAAAGAGAAAGAAAGAGAGAAGUAAGGUUUCCAGCCUUGCUAACUUAAAGUAAGAUCAGGUCUCGGAGACCCAGACGCAUGACUCUGGGCCUCUUAUGGCCACCCACCCACUAUGGUGAGCCUUCCGGGACGGCCUGGGUUGGAGGUCCCCCAGAUAUUUAAUUCAUAGAAUUGGAAAGAUCCAAGAUGCCUUGUGAACACCAACUCCCGUGCUACACAAUCGCUGCUCCGUAUAGGCACACACGCCCUGGUGGACAUGCCCAACUCCCCCAUGUGGGAUAAUGACUCCCACUAUUAGCUGAAUGAAGAGAUUUUUGAUACCCAAGUUCCUGUUUGCUUGUGCACUUACACUAAACACACAGUGCUCUAGAUUGAAGCUGCAUAGUGAUUAAAACUGCCUGGAUGGGGAUCACUAAACUAAUUCACAGUAACAGUUCCUUAAAAAGAGCAAGUUGUACAAUUUUGUAUAUUGGGGGUGAUGGUGGUGAUGGGGAAAUGCUGGGGGUGGGGAAAAGCCUAGAAACUGAAUUAGAUGAUUAGUGUUAAAACAAAUGUGAUUUUAGAAUAGCUAGGUUCUUUCUACUUAAUGUGCCUUUAAAAUAUUCCAUUUUCUAUGUUUUAUAUAAUCUGAAGCUGUACAUGAAAAUAAAGUUUAAACAAAGUGGUCAAGAGCAAA